ACCACUGACUCUUGGAUACAAUCGAAUGCAUCCAUGCUUUUGUAUAAACUGGUACAUUUGAACCAAAUGUCAACAGUAUCCCCUUUCUAGUACUUGUGGUUGCGUCCGUGGGGUCGCGGCGGAGCCAGCCAAAUAUUUGACAAACUAACAAUUGGCAUCCGGUUAGCUUGGGGUGAAAAAAACUCAUUAUUUCUUUAGAGUAAAACACACUUAUCUCCACAUUAACUCGGUAAUCCGUGUCCCCGAUACAUACAUUCAAGUGUGAGCAAGAUGUCAACUCCGGCGAGACGACGUUUAAUGAGAGAUUUUAAACGGCUUCAAGAAGAUCCUCCAGCUGGAGUCAGUGGAGCCCCCUCAGAAAACAAUAUUAUGGUAUGGAAUGCUGUCAUUUUUGGGCCAGAGGGAACACCAUUUGAAGAUGGAACAUUCAAACUUACCAUUGAGUUCACAGAGGAAUAUCCAAAUAAGCCUCCAACAGUGAGAUUUGUCUCUAAAAUGUUUCAUCCCAAUGUAUACGCAGAUGGCAGUAUAUGCUUAGAUAUACUUCAGAAUCGUUGGAGUCCCACUUAUGAUGUCUCUUCCAUAUUAACUUCUAUACAGUCUUUACUGGACGAGCCCAACCCAAACAGUCCGGCCAACAGCCAGGCAGCCCAGUUGUACCAAGAGAACAAGCGGGAGUACGAGAAGAGGGUUUCUGCUAUUGUUGAACAGAGUUGGCGUGACUGUUGACCCGCGCCGUCAUCAUCGUGUUCUCCGCCUAGAACAGUGUGUCCGGCCCGUAGUCGUCGACUCAUUUCACAGUAUACAUUUUGCUAUUGCCACAAAAAAAAAGUUGGUUGCCAAAUUUGUACGCUGUCGUGUUUAUGGCAUUCACUUCUGCCGAAUGCCGUCAUCGGGCUAAAAGUGUUUAAAAAAGAAAAAAGUUAAUGUACCUUGUUAUAUCUGGGUUACUUGCCUCUCUCCUGUUCAAAGUGGCUGCUCAUGACACAUGCUUGCUGUGAAAACACGUGUUCUUGUUUCCACCCAAAAAAAAAAAAAAAUGUAUUUAUGGAUGUUUCUUUUUGUUCCGCGUGCUGUUUGCCUUUUGAACGCUUUUCAAGGGGAUGAACAGUUUUUCAUUAGAGCAUUAGAAUGAACCUAACAAGGACAUUUAUUUUUCCCUCUUAGAGCUGCCUUCUGGUUUUCAAAUGUUUUUCAUGUUUGAGUACUACAAAUCAGGCAAAAUGCCCCAUUUGGGCUCUUGGUUUCAAUGACAAAAAGCUGAAUAAGGAUAUAUUUCUAACCUACUUCACAAUCAUAAAAAAUCUGCGCUGUGGUCAGAGUGAAGUGAUCAUACACAAUGAUUUUGUCUUAAGGUUUGCACUGGUAACCCAUGUAACAAACUGUACAUUUUCUUGUAAAUAAAUGGAUAUACAUUA